UCUUCUGCUUGUGCGGUCAUGUGACUUCCUUUUGGCUCUUAGUGGAGUGCACCGCCGCAUCAUCGGUUUAUGUCUGACAUCAACAAGGACAAAGAAACAUUAGCUCUCUGGCAUUAGAUACUGGUUUUUUGGUUGUUGUUGUUGUUGUUGUUGUGGCGGCGAUCUGCGGGGCAGCCAGGAAGACAUGCUGAGGCGAAGGCCUUCCAACGCCUCAGAGAAGGACCAGGUGCAAAAGAAGAAGCUCACCCUGCAGAGGUCCAGCAGCUUCAAGGACUUCAUGAAGCCCAAAGUGGUUUCCCCGGUCACCUCUGAGAAAGAAUUUACCAUCGACGAGACCGUGGAAGACGGCGUAGCAGAUGGAGGCAAGAGCGGCAGCAGGCUGGGCAAGACGUGGCGCAAUGUCAUCUCCCGUACGAUGACGCGCAAAACCUCCAAGAUGGUGCAGAAGGUUCUGUCAGAGGAGGGGGGGGGGAGCAGUGAGGAGGUGUCCCCCUUCCAGCCCGGCUGGCUCCCAUCAGCCACGAGUCCAGGCCAGAGGACGUCCCUGUGCUCCACAGGCUCCGAGGACACCGUGUCCAGUCCGCUCAUCUGCACUUUUUCCGGCAACAGUGACCGACAGAGCCUGGACAGCGGCUACUGCCAGAGGGACAGCCUGCGACUGGAGGACAGCGCCUACAACGGACCCUUCUGCGGACGAGCCCUGGUGCACACCGACUUCAUGCCGAGUCCUUACGACGUGGAGUCGCUGAAACUCCAAAAAGGGGACAUCAUCCACAUCAUCGACAAACCACCUGCCGGCACCUGGACGGGGAAGCUCAACAACAAGGUGGGCUCCUUCAAGUUCAUCUACGUCAACCUCCUGCCCGACGACAGCCCCCCAGCCAGGGGGAGGCCUUGCGGCAGAAAAAUCAGCAGGACCAAAUCCAGACCGUCGACCCUGGAGGAAGUUCUGGACAGCAUCGGUCUGUUGGAACUCACUUCAUUGCUGUCCAUGCACGGCUUCCAGAACCUGGAGGACUUCAGUGGCCUAAGAGAAUCUCACCUCAAUGAGCUGAACAUCACGGACCCAGACCAGCGCUCCAAGAUCUUGAGCGCCAUUGACCUGCUCAGAGAAUCUGAGGAUGAAUGCAGCCCAGAGGAACAAGAAGAUGAUGAGGAAGAGGUGGAGGAGGAGGAGGACAGAUCCAUGGGGGAUGCCAAGGAUACCAGGGACUCGGGAUGCUUUGAGAGUUCUGAGCAUCUGGAAGUUGGAGACGAGGAGACAAAACCCGAGGAUGAAGAUGAGACAAAAGCAGAGGAUGAGGAGACAGACAAGGAGACACAUCUAGAGGAUGAGGAGACAGACAAGGAGACAGAAGAGGAGUUCCAAGGUGAGGAAGCAGAAGCCAAGAAGGAGGAGACACCAUCAGAAGCACUGGAUGAUGUUCAGCAACACCUGCAAGAACUAAGUGUGCAAGAGGGUGGUUCUUAAAAGACUCCGAAGAAAUGGUUAAAAAGUUUUGGUGGACAGAAGCUUUAAGAGCUGAAGAAGCUCGUAUACUGUAACGUGUGUCAUAUUGCAAAGUCUUAAAUGCCGUUUGCUGUACAACAUUCGCACUUCACAUGGAAAUGUCCCCACUGUGACCUUCUCCAUUGGUCAAAGGUCUUCUUGCAGCAGGGGAAAAUUAUUUUUUCCGAACGUUUUUUGAAGGUAGUUUGUCUUUACUUGUAAUGUGAGAUGUUCUGUAAAUAGUAACCUGAGACUUGUACGCCAUUGCUGUCACAUUUUAUAGACAGUCAAAACGCAUCAACUAAAAUUCCUAAUAAAACAAAUAUUUUUUGUCA